UCUCCCUUAAUUUUUCUCGCUCUCUCUCUUUCUCUCUCUCGCAAAUAUCGUCCUCUACUUUAAGGGAAUAUGCAAACCCAGCUGGUUGCCCCCGAUAUCUGACUUUCCUCCCAUCCACCAUGGGACACCACACUCGUCGUGAGUCCCUUUCGGCUCCUCACGUCGGUUCACGCCCUGAUCACUUCCAUGAGGCCUUCAUGGCAGACCUCUUAUGGCCCUUUGGAAAGCUUGAAGGUAUUGAACGUGACGACGUUAGAGAAACAGCCUAUGAAAUAUUCUUCACGGCGUGCAGGUCGUCUCCUGGCUUCGGUGGUCGCAAUGCCCUCACUUUUUACUCAUCAUCCAAUUCCCAUAAUGAACAUGGUGGGGAGGGUUCGUUGUUGCCGCCAUCCUCGGGGACUAAUAAGCCUGGUGGGGAGCGCGUGGUGACGACCCCCACGAGUCGGGUGAAGAGGACAUUGGGUUUGAAGAUGUUGAAGCGGUCGCCUCAAAGAAGGAUGUCAACUGGUGCCGGGGCAGGUGGUGCAGCUCCUGCUCCUCCUCCGUCUUCCGGCGGUCAUGGUGGACACACUUCUAACUCUAGUAGUCCUGGGUAUUCAUACACCGUGCCGCAACCGGUUAGGCCAAGGCGGCCGAUGACUUCCGCCGAGAUCAUGAGGCAGCAGAUGCGAGUGACAGAGCAGAGCGAUAACAGGCUCAGAAAGACCCUUAUGAGGACCCUCGUUGGCCAAAUGGGUCGGCGAGCAGAGACGAUAAUACUUCCAUUAGAGCUCCUCCGCCACCUAAAGCCAUCCGAAUUCAAUGACUCCCAUGAGUACCAUCAAUGGCAAAGGCGUCAGUUUAAAAUCAUGGAGGCAGGGCUUCUUCUCCACCCUUCAAUCCCCUUAGACAAAUCAAACACCUUCGCUAUGCGUCUGAGAGACAUUAUCCGAAUUAGCGAGACAAAAGCAAUAGACACUGGCAAGAAUUCCGACACCAUGAGAACGCUUUGCAAUUCCGUAGUAUCCUUGUCAUGGCAAAGCUCCAAUGGAGUUCCCACAGAUAUUUGCCAUUGGGCUGAUGGGUACCCUCUCAACAUCCACCUCUACGUCGCUCUUCUUCAAUCAGUAUUUGAUAUCAGGGAUGAAACUUUAGUCCUUGACGAGGUUGAUGAACUUCUAGAGCUAAUGAAGAAAACGUGGUCAACAUUGGGAAUCACACGGCCUAUACACAAUUUGUGUUUCACUUGGGUGCUCUUUCAGCAAUACGUCGUGACUGCACAGAUAGAACCAGACCUUCUUUGUGCUUCGCAUGCUAUGUUGACAGAAGUGGCAAAUGAUGCCAAGAGACCAGACCGAGAGGUUACAUAUGUAAAUAUCCUGUCUUCAGUAUUGACCUCAAUGCAGGGAUGGGCAGAGAAGAGAUUGCUUAAUUACCAUGACUAUUUCCAGAGGGGAAAUGCUGGCCAAAUUGAAAACCUUCUUCCUUUGGUGUUAUCGGCCAAAAGGAUUUUAGGCCAUGAUUUUACAAUCACUGAAGGGGCUGGGGAAGAGGAACGAGAAAUAACCUUGGUGGACUCAUCUGGAGAUCGUGUGGACUUCUACAUUCGAUCAUCUGUGAAAAACGCAUUGACCAAGAUAAUUGAAAGUGGGAAUGUCAAAAGUGAUACUGCUGAAGUGAAACAAGAGGCAAGUGAAGCUUUGCUUCAAUUGGCUAAGGAAACCGAAGAUUUGGCAUUGAAAGAGAGGGAAAUCUUUAGUCCCAUACUCAAGAAAUGGCACCCAACUGCAGCUGCAGUCGCCGCUGUCACGCUACAUAACUGUUACGGAGCUGUGUUGAAACAAUAUUUAGGGACAGUGUUCAUGCUCACAGCUGAGACAGUUGAGGUACUGCAGAGGGCUGGAAAGCUGGAAAAGCUUUUGGUCCAAAUGGUAGUUGAAGACUCUGCUGAGUGUGAGGAUGGAGGCAAAGCAAUUGUACGAGAUAUGAUUCUAUAUGAAGUUGAAUCAGUCAUAUUGAACCUCUUGCAAAAAUGGAUAAACGAAAGGUUGGAGAAAGGGAAAGAGUGUUUCCAAAGAGGGAAAGAAACUGAAACAUGGAAUCCAAAGUCCAAAUCAGAGCCCUAUGCACAAUCAGUCGUAGAGCUAAUGAAAUUAGCUAAGGAAACUGUGGAUGACUUCUUUGAAAUCCCAACAGGGAUUACAGAAGAUUUAGUUCUAGAUCUUGUUGAUGGUUUAGAGGUUCUCUUCCAAGACUAUGCUUCAUUUGUUGCAUCGUGUGGUACAAAACAGAGCUAUAUCCCCACACUUCCUCCACUGACCAGAUGCAAUCGAGACUCAAAGUUCAUCAAGUUGUGGAAAAAAGCUAGUCCAUGCAGUGUUGGUGCAGCAGAUCAGUUGCACCAAAAUAUAGCAAAUGAAGGUCACCAUCCUCGCCCAUCAACGAGCCGAGGAACACAACGCCUUUAUAUCCGCCUCAACACCCUGCAUUAUCUUCAUUCCCACCUCCAUUCCCUUGACAAAGCCCUCUCCAUCCCCCCUCGAACGCAUCCUUCAACCCGUAGUCGAUUCAACAACAACCGGAGGGCCAAUAGCACUACGGCCUCAUACUUUGAACUUGUAAGCACAUUCAUCCAAGCAGCCUGGCAAAAUGUCUCAGAAGUAGCUGCUUACCGCCUCAUCUUCCUUGACUCAAACUCUGUCUUCUAUGAUAGUCUUUAUGUGGACGAUGUAGCCAAUGCACGGAUUAGACCAGCAUUGAGAAUUCUCAAGCAGAACCUCACUCUCAUGACUGGAAUUCUCACGGAUAGAGCCCAAGCCCUGGCAAUAAAAGAAGUCAUGAAGGCCUCGUUUGAGGCAUUCCUUAUGGUUUUGCUUGCCGGGGGAAGUUCCCGGGUGUUUUAUCGGUCUGAUCACGAGAUGAUUGAGGAGGAUUUCGAAAGCCUGAAGCGGGUUUUUUGCACUUGCGGAGAAGGGUUGAUAGCUGAGGAAGUGGUGGAGAGGGAGGCCGAGGUAGUGGAAGGAAUAAUAGCAUUAAUGGGUCAGAUUACAGAGCAACUCGUUGAAGAUUUCAGCAUUGUGACCUGUGAAAAAAGUGGAAUUGGACUAAUGGGUUCAGGGCAAAAGCUACCAAUGCCUCCAACUACAGGAAGGUGGAAUAGAUCAGAUCCGAAUACAAUACUAAGGGUGUUGUGUCACAGAAAUGAAGCAGCCUCCAAUCAAUUCUUGAAGAGGACAUUCCAAUUAGCAAAGAGGAGAUAAGGAGGAGAGAUUGCAUUUCUGGUGCAUUGUUGUACUGAUUUCCGGUCGUGUAGUUAUGAAAAACCAAAAACACAAAAACAAAAAACAAAAAACAAAAAUUAAAGCAAAUGUUGGGAGGUUCAUUGUAUGCACAUAACUUACAGGACUAUACUUCAAAAAUCAAAAACAUGCUUGGGGUCAACUCAGCAUUGUAAUAAUUUUUUUAGGACAGUGUUUGUUACACACUUCUCUUCACAUUUCAAAACCCUAACUUGAAGUUAGGGUUUUCCUUGUUUUCGGAGAUUGUAUAUACUAUGUGUAUAUUAAAGAAUGUACGCUAGACAUUUCUUUUUUUACCUAUUUUUUAAGUCUUAAGUAUGUUUAAUUAUUGGAGGUAGAAUAAGGUUGAUUAAAAAAAAAGAAAAAAAGAAAAAGAGGAUGCUGUUUGGUAAGAAGAGAAGGAAAGAAAAUUUUUAAGUAGGCCUAGGCAUUUUUCAUUCAGCCCACAAAAAAUAUGACUCUCCGAUUUUAGAGAGAAAACACAGGUGAAAAGUAACUAUGCAGCAAAUAACCAUUUUUACUCCUUCCUCUCUCAGCCACUUGCGUCUAACUCAAAAAAUAAAAAAUGAAAAAAUCAUGUUUCAACUACAUAUUUGCCUAGUUUCCUUUCUUCUCCCAACAGUAACUUCAUCUCACCUAUUAUUUAACAUAGAAAAUAAUUAAAAUAAAAAAAUUCCUUGAUUGAAGUAUCAUUGGUCGAAAAUGAAUGCCUUUUCAUAAAAUAAAAUAAAAAAUUAAAAAAAGAGAAGAAAAUAG